CUCAGGCUCACAUGGAAUGUACCCUACGCCGCAUAAAGAAGUACAGCAGGUACCUGCUUAAUGGAGUGGAGUAACUCAAACCUUACCACCCAGCAACCAUUAAGUCACAAAGACUGGAACGAAUGUUAAGCAGUUUGACACUUUUUUGUUUUAAACUCUCUCCACCAGUUUGUGCCCGCUUUUUCAAUCAUUCUCUGCUUUCAAGAUCCCCCUCCUCGCCAAGAUCCGGAUGCGGGUUACACAGCUUAUUGUCUCACUACAAGGAUCCGAAUAUGAUAUGACGUGUGAUUAUGUAGCGAGGAACUACACUUGAAUCAACAUCAUGGACGAAGAAGACACUAUGGAAGUUGAGGCGUGGAGACGCACUCAUCUCGGAGACGAACCUAUUUACUGCGCUGCGCCGUCCCCCUCGAAUCCAGACGACAUCAUCUGUCUCGGAUCGGACGAAGAGCUUGACGAUGAUGCAAAAGUCGAGAAGAGACUACGAUAUGAAGCCCAAGCACUCCGAUAUUUAAAAGGCAAACCUAUCCAAAUAGUAUCCGCAUCUUUACGUGGCCCAUUCGACAAAGCCUCAGGUUGGGAAAAUCCCUGGCUGCCGAAACCCAAACCCGCCAUCAAACCAUCCGUUCUCAAACCCUUUCCGCGUCGGCAUAAGUCUACAGCGAUCAAAGAACGCCUCCGCAGAGUUCUCGACUGGGAUAAUACUACGUCGGGCACUGAAAAUUCGUUGGAUUGCCAUCUGCCAAGUCCCGUUAGCAAUCGCGAGUUACCACUCUAUAACAACGAUUUCACAAAAGACAAACACAAUCGGGUACACGCUUGGGCACAGGAGGUGUCACUAGAGACACCAUUGGAGAGGGAUUCUUUCUGGGCACCCAGUCAUGUGGUUCAUGAAAAGAAUGAUGAGAUGAACAGGAAACGACCAGCUGGGAACGAAUGGUUGAAAAAGAAAGCAUCGAAGCGAAAGAGACUUACUAGCUCACAAGAUGCAGUAGCAGGGUCGAGUCCCACGCCUAUGUCAUCAGCACAAUCACCAGUGCGCAGCAGAGCUAUGCCCGUAGGUAAUGGUCAGGCUAAGAAGCUCACUCUCCCCAAAAAAGGAGUCAGCCAAAGCUUCGAGUUAGCUACACCAUCAUCCACUGGUGACCAUAGCAGCCGCGACGCCCAAUUUGGAAAAAUUGAGACCUCUACAAAAUAUGCUGUAGUUCCGGUUCAGGACAUGUCACCCAAAGCUACUGGGGGAACUGGUGUAGACCUGAAGAGACGACGCAUCAACUCAAUACUCGAUGGAUCGCUUAAUACAAGCGGCCGAGAACACGAAGAAGCCUCGAGAGCCACCACAAGCGAUUCAGAACGAACUCUUGAAGACGAAGUAGACCCAGCUCUAAAGAGCGACCAAGAAGAAGAUGAUAUAAGUUUCGAGAGCCAUUUAGAUUCCAGUUUUCACUUUCGGGCUCGACCCUCUAAGCGAAAGCCCUCUGUAACAGCCCCAGAGGCCCCAAUUACAGGCACUUCUUCCCAACUAGCUCAGACUACAACCGCAGAACCCUCAGUUCAAGAAAAGUUGGUGUCUACUUCGGCCACCCAAAUAGAAGGGCAGCCCACACUCGUAAUUCAAGCUAUAUAUCCAGAGAGGCAGAUCCGGGAACCGGAAGAAAUGACAGAUCUACCCGAAUAUGCACCAAACGAGCAAGCGAAGGACGACAAUGUUGAUAACAACAAACUACAUCCAUUGAUCUUGCUAGAGGGUGAAGAAGAAUCAUCUGAAAAUCAAAGGAUUAGAAACAGUGACGAAAGUACGUCUCAAAGUAAUGAACCCAUUAGUUGUACGGCUAUUGCAGAAGCCAAGCCGUCUUCAGAAAAGCAACCGCCUAGUGGAAAUUCGAGUCCAAUACAUGCGCACUCAAUCAGCGCUCAGGUCAUGGAGGGUGACGCCAACGUGACCCGUAGGGAAGACAAACCAGUCGAGGAUACGAUAGUUGAAACACGCCAAGUGGAUUCCGCAUCAUUCGCAGACGAUGAAUAUACAUUGGUCGAUACUAAUGGGGAUUUCAACAAGAGUCUUCCGCAUGAGACUGAAUUGAAUUCCAUUAGUCACACCACUAAGGACCGAGUCACUAUGAGUAUAUCAAAUGCAGAGCCACACGACCGUGUGCAAAGCAUCGGAGCACAUGGGGAACAAGAAAUCGGACAAAAUACCGAGCCCAUCUCAAAUAUCACACCACCCUCAGAACUAGAACAAGUAGGUGAUGUUCUGAAAACCUCCAUAGAGAAGCAAGGGGAUGUUGAGGUUAAAAUGGAGAUUGCUACCAGCGUUGAAGAGGCUACCCAGGAAAGUGUCCCGGCCCAAACCACAUUAUUGGAUUCCCCAGCAAUCUUCAUGCGGCAAAGCCCGUGGGUUUAUGAAUUAUCUCCAGGGGCGGACCUUACACCCGAAUAUGUUAAGUCAGAGCCGGACGAUAACCAGUCAUUCUUUUCUCUUCUAAGCUCACACGCUAGUUUCCAUGAUAUGUCUAGAAUUAGACCAUCGCAACAGAGCCCAUGGGCCGGAGAAGUUUUGGGGGCGGUGGGAACAGAUGGACAAAGUAAUCAUCCUGCAAGCCUAGAUACCGGAUUUACGAGUCAAGCACUCGCCGCAGCAGUCCCCCAAGAACCCCAGAGCCCAUGGGGCGAGACUGGCAUCGCUAUCGCACCACAGCACAAACAUCAACCUAUUUCGCCUAUGCCAGCUGCCCGCGAUGAUAACGAGUCGAUACCCCAACAGCCCAUGGCAACUACUAUACCUGAGUAUAAACAACCGGAAAAUCGUAUUAACGGACCUUCUACACCACCAAGAGUACACGCAUCUCCUGCACGUACCCCUGACUUUGGGAAUUCGAUCAAAUUGCUCGCCUUGUUCAACACUCCAUCACCUAGAAAGCGACGAGAAUCCACGAGGCAGCAUACAUCUACAGGUCGUACACGUAGUAUCCUUUCUCGUGGUGUAUAUUCGAACCCACUAAACAAUCGCUCGGAUAGGCGAGUGUCCUUUGCCUCAUUGCCUAAUGAAAUUGACGACGAUAGUCUGGUGGCACACGACAACACAAGAGUCGCAUCACCCCCACUCCAGACAAAGGUCAAUUUUGAAGAAGAUGAAGAUAUUGAGGGUACCUUCCAAACCCAUUUUGAUGCCAUGAAACGGCGUGCUAGUGAGCGUGUGCAAUUCCGUUUUCAGCCACGAUUGCUACCGAGUUCGUCGCAGCAGAAGCCUAUGACACCGACAGUUGGUGCGAUGGCUGAAGCUUUCCGGAACGCAGACGCGCAGAUAGCUCAAGUACCAUCUGCACAGGAACAGCCAGCCGGGCACGAAGAGGAAAGCGUCGAUGUAGAGAUGUGUGACAGAGAGCAAUUUCCUUGGCAAAAGGAGGCUGAAGUGGACGACGUCGCUGACGUGUUGAACAACCUGGAUCAGUUCCUGGACGCUUGGGAUGUAGACACUGAGCUCCAGCGAGUACGAUAGGAGCCGAAUGGAGGGAAUCAGAGUCGGAGAGGUUUCGGAUGAGGAACGAUAUAAUUACAUGACGAAAGCAGCGUUACGGUACUGCAUUUGAGGAACCGGCCGGAACUGGAGAUGAUUUUGAUACCCAUAAUUAGGCGUCAUUGCUUUAGCAUAGUUAGGAGUUUUGAUUGAUCGCAUGGCAUCUAAUAUGCCCAUAGGCUGGUAGCGCUUUUAUAUCGCAUAUUGUUAGGCACCAUCUUCAUUGCAAGACAAUAGAGCAGCUCAAUUUUUAUAAGAUUAUACAUUA